AUGGCUUCUGAAAUCGCUGGUCUGGUCGCUAAUUUCGGCCUGCAGCUGUAUCGCAGUUGCCAGGAAUCUGGCGUGAGCGUUGUUUUCUCGCCGUUGUCAAUCUUUAUCGCUAUGUCUAUGAGCUACUUAGGCUCGUGUGGCGAAACCGAAGCGGAAAUGCAACAAAUACUCUACGGUGGUAAGCUGGAUAAAAAGCGUUUGCUAUCUUACGUUGCUGAUCUUAUGAAAAGUCUUCAUUUCGAGCAAGAGAAUGUGGUGCUUCGUUCGGCAAACAGAAUGUACUGCAGCGAGGGGUACAGCAUUUUGGAUUCAUUCAACGAACUGUUGAAAAAGCACUUUCGAUCUGACAUGAUCACUUUGAACUUUAACGAUCACAAUGCUGCGUCUCUGGUCAAUUCGUGGAUUCUCAAUCAAACGGGCGGAAAAAUCACAGGUCUACUGCGCCCAGAAGUCCUUUCCGGAAGCACUAAACUCCUGUUGGUCAAUGCGCUUUAUUUCAAAGGAAACUGGUUGCAGCAAUUUGAGGCUAAGAAUACGUCAGUGGAAAAUUUUUAUGUCGACUCCCAGACUACCGUCAAGGUUUCAAUGAUGCACCGGAAGGGAAAGUUCGAGUACGGGGAACGGAUGGAUUGCCAGAUUCUGUCAGCAUCGUACGUAGGAGAUUUUCUGAAGUUUUUUGUAAUUUUGCCGAAAAGGAAAUUUGCACUGCAAGAAGUGGAAAAUAAAUUGACUGGCGAGGAACUGGUCGAAAUGUUUUAUAACGUCAUGGAAGCAGAAGUUGACGUGAAACUCCCAAAAUUCAUUAUUGAAAAGUCAAUGAGUUUGAAGGACUCCUUGAAGCAGUUGGGAUUAAAUUCCAUGUUUUCUUAUGACACCGCUAACUUUUCAGACAUCUCUGAAGCAAAGGGCUUGUUUGUGUCAGCUGUGGAACACAAGACAUUUAUCGAGAUUAACGAAGAAGGCAGUGAAGCUGCUUCAGCAACAGCCGUGGUAAUGCGUUUUCGAUGUUCCCCAUCAUCGAUGAAUCAAGAACUUUCUUUCUUCGCUGACCAUCCAUUCCUGUUCGCGGUUGUCGAUAGUCGAACGAUGAGCAUGAUGUUUCUCGGUCGUUAUUCUGGUGCAGGACCUUCUGUGUCUGCAUCGAAAAUAGAGCUUUGA